CCUGGCGGUCUCACCGCUCCCAGAUUGCCCCGCCUUUUCCCUCCGCGCGCUCGCGCGCGCGCAGUUUCACAGACCCGGAAGCAGAGAGCACGGCGUCGAAGUCUCGCUACCCAGCAUGUGGGCGAGGAGGAUCAGGAGAAGCAGAGCCAGAGCGACUCAGAGAGAAACAGAAGACUGAGGAGGCGAAAAGGAGGAGGGCGACCUGUUGACAAAGUAGAGGAUUGGUAAGGAACUUGCAAAAAGACAGCAACGUGAAAGAGAAUAAGCCUUGAACCCACCCAGCAGGUGGGUAAAGCAGAGAAGUUUAGAGAAAAACGGAAUCUCCAGAGAGGUGAAGAUUUCGGCAGUGACAGUACUGCGGCUGGGGUCACUGGGAAUGGAAAUAGGAUGUCAGGUGUAGCGGUCCUCGUGUCGUCAGGAGUGCCAUCCGUCACGGACGCCGUGCGUGCUCUUCCGAGUAGGUGACUUGAGGGAGAGAAGUGUUUUCUCUUGGUGCGCCUUGCCUGCCUUGGGUCUUCCAGCUUCCCCACUGCCCUUCUGUUCAGACACCCGCCUCCUGCUGUUCUUGGCCUGAGUUUGCCCAGUCCCAGCGAACCCCAUCCAGUCAGCAUUUGAGGCUAAUUGACUUCUGAAGACAUUGCCCGAGAAAGAAGCCAGAAGAGGAAGAAGAAAGGAAAGGAGUCAGAAAUGGCUGUCUCUCAGGGACAGUUGACCUUCGAGGAUGUGGCCAUCGAGUUCUCCCAGGAGGAGUGGGAGUGCCUGGAUGCUGCUCAGAGGGCCUUGUACAGAGACGUGAUGUUGGAGACCUACAGGAACCUGCUGUCCCUGGAUAUCUCUCCCUCACACGUUACCAAGAAAUUACAACCAAAGGAGAACACUAAUACAACAGAUGUAUUCCAAACCAUGAUCUGGGGAAGACUCGGAAGUCAUGAAGUCAGAGAUGUUCACCUCAGGAGAAUCCGAGAAAAAAUGUAUGACUUUGAGUGUCGGUGGAGAGAUGAUGAGAGAAGUGAGAAAGGAAUGGGUAGAACCCAUGGGGAACAUCUCACUGAUGGAAAAGAUCGACGUGGUAGAAAAGAUGCAGGAAACAAGCCCGUUGAAAAUAGGCUUGGAUCAAGCUUUCAAGAUAAACUUCCGAUCCCUCAAACCCAAGGGGAAAUUUUUGAAUGUAAUCAAACUGCGAACGCUGCCAACAGCGCCGGCUCAUUUUCACCGCCUGAAAGAACUCCUCCAAGUGUCCAAACUAGCGUUUCUAACACAUGUGGGAACGACCCCAUCCAUCCUCCAGGACUGACACAGGACGGCGCAGCACAGAGCGAAAAACCUCACAAAUGUAACGAGUGUGGCAAAACCUUUAAUCGCAGCUCGAACCUCACUAGACAUCAGAUGAUCCAUACGGGAGAGAAACCGUAUAAAUGUGACGUCUGUGGCAGGGUUUUCAGUCAAAAUUCAUACCUUGUAAAUCACCUGAGACUACACACUGGAGAGAAACCUUACAAAUGUAACGAGUGUGGCAAAGCCUUCACGAUGCGUUCAAGCCUCACGAAACACCGGGUCACCCACACUGGAGAGAAAGCUUACCGAUGCAAUGAGUGCGGCAAGGCCUUUUUCCACAGCUGCAAACUCGUGAGACAUCAAAGAAUCCACAGUGGGGAGAAACCACACAAAUGUAAUGAAUGCGGCAAAGCUUUCAUGCAAAGUUCAAGCCUGGCUGACCAUCAGAAAAGUCACACCGGAGAGAAACCCUACAAGUGUGAUGUGUGUGGCAAAGCCUUUGUUGUGCGUUCAAGCCUGAUCGACCAUCAGGUGAUGCACACCGGAGAGAGACCUUACCAGUGCAGUGAGUGUGACAAGGCUUUCCUCAAGCACUCGCAGCUGAGGCGUCAUGAGACAAUUCACACCGGAGAGAAGCCGUACAAAUGCACCGAAUGCGGCAAGGCCUUCAGGCAGUGGUCUGACAUCAGGAUUCACCAGAGAAUUCAUUCUGGAGAGAAACCUUUUAAAUGUAAAGAGUGUGGGAAAGCCUUUACUAUGGGUUCGCACCUUACUACACAUCAGAUCAUCCACACUGGAGAAAAACCAUAUAAAUGCGAUACAUGUGACAAGGUCUUCAGUCAGAACUCACACCUGGCAAGUCAUCGGAGAAUUCACACUGGGGAAAAGCCGUACAAAUGUAAUGAGUGCGGCAAAGCCUUUAGUGUGCGUUCAAGCCUCACUUACCAUCAGGUAAUUCACACUGGAGAGAAAUCUUACAAAUGUAAGGAAUGUGGCAAGGCUUUUAUGAAGCCUUCGCGUCUUCGGCAUCACGAGAGGAUUCACACCGAAGAGAAGUCAUACAAGUGCAUUGAGUGUGGCAAGACCUUUCAGCAAUGGUCUGACAUCAGGAUUCACCAGAAAAUUCAUCCUGGAGAGAAACCUUUCAACUCUAGUAUGGGUGGUAAAGCCUCCACUCAGGACUCACACCUCACUGCACAGCAGAGAAUCCCUCCGGGAAAGAAACCAUAUAAAUGUGACGUAUGCGACAAGGUCUUCAGUCGGAAUUCAAACCUGGCAAGUCAUCGGAGAACUCAUACUGGAGAGAAACUGUACAAAUGCUGAUGUGGCAAAGUCUUCAGUCAAAAUUCACACUUUGUAAAUCACCAGAGAAUUCACAGCGGAGAGAAAGCUUACAAAUGUAAUGUGUGUGGCAAAGCCUUUAGUGUGAGUUCAACCCUAAGUAAACAUCAAGCAGCCCACACUGGAGGGAGACCUUACAGAUGUGACGCACGUGGCAAGGCUUGUGGCAGGUGUUCACACCUGCUGCUUCACAAGAAAACUCAUGCUGGAGAGGACUCACAUCAGUCUGGAAUGUGGCGAAGUCUUUUAGACAGUAGUCCUACAUCAGGAUUCACCAAAGAGUUCAUUCUGGGGAGUAACCUUCCAGGCACCAUGAGUGUGGUGACGCUCUUACUCGGGGCUCCCACCCCACCCACUAUCACAUAAUCCAUUCUAGACAGACCCUUACAAAUGUCCUGAGUGUGGCAGUUGCCUUAAACUCAGUGUUCACCAAAUUACACCCUACCUACAAAUGCAGUGAAUAUGACAGUUUCAAAUUAUUGCUUGCUUUUCACUAAAUAUAAGAAUCUAUAUUUUGUAACUACUGUAUAUAAAAUAGAUAAACAAGUUUCUACUGUACAGCACAGGGGACUAUAUUUAGUAUCUUGUAGAAACCUAUAAUGAAAGAGAACAUGUAUGUAGGUAUAACUGAAUCACUACGCUGUGCACCAGAAGAAACUAAUGCAACAUUGUAAGUCAACUAUAGUUCAAUUUUUUGAAAUCUAGGUAAACAACAAGUUUCUUCUGUAGAGCACUGGAGACUAUAUUCAGUAUCUUGUAGUAACCUGUAAUGAAAAAGAAUAUGAAAACAAAUAUAUGUAUGUAUAUGUAUGAACGAACUAUUAUGCUGUACACUGAAAAUUAACACAUUAUUGUAAACUGAUUAUAAUUGAAAAAAAGUCCACAUUCUGGAGUGAAACCACACAAGUGCAGUGUGUGGUAUAAGGAUUUUACCCAAAUAUCAAACGGUGACGAACACACUGGAUCAACACCUUAUAAAUGCAGUCAACCCGGCAAGGACUUUCCCUGAAGUUCAAAUAUCAAUGUGAAAACAGUCCAUAUUGAAGCGAAAUCAAGUAAAUGUAUGUGGCAGAGGCUUUAUUCAGGCCUCACAAUGCACUAGACUUCAGAAUAUGCAUCUUUGAGAGAAACCACAGAAAAGGAAUGUGCAUGCUAAGCCUUCUACCCACAGAUCAAAACUGUGGCACAUCAGAGGGUUUAAUUUGGAGAGCAGCCUUACCAGUGUUGUGACUGUGGUAAGGCUUCAUCAGAUGUCCACGCUUUUGGCAUAAUGAGAGAAUUUAUGCAGCACAGAACACAUGCAAAUAUAUAUUUAACUUGGAAAUACCUUUAAGAACCAGUAUGUCCUCAGGAUUCACCAAAGAAUUCAUAUUGGGAAGAAGCUUUAUAAAAGUAAUGAAUUUGGUGAAUUUCUUGACCAGUUCUCACAAUGCACCACACUUCAGAGGAUCCAUGCUAGAAAUAACUAGGUCGUCAGUUUUCUGAGGUUAACCUGAGAUAGUAUAUUGCAGAAUAAUGGGAAGUCAAAAUGUGUCAAAAACUCAUGACAUGACGUUUAAUGACAGGAGCAAGGAAUUGUGUGGAAAUGGCACAUUAGUGUAUAAAAAUUUUAAACAUUUGAGUUUUGGAAAGGAUACAUUACUAUUUAUGCCUUUCCACCUGGAGUUUGAAGUCUGUUGAUUUUUUUUUUUGAGGGAGGGAAUUAAGUUAUUUUAUUUUAUUUUAUUUUAUUUUAAUUUUUUUUAUUUUAUUUUAUUUUAUUUUAUUUUAUUUUAUUUUAUUUUUUCAAAUGGGGAUUGAACCCAAGGCCUCAUGCAUGCUAAGCACACACUCUACCACUGAGCUAUACCAUACCCGCCCUGAAGUGUGUUGAUCUUAAGUCUUCAUUAAGGGCCUUUGAUGAUGGUCUCUGGGCAAGAUUCGGUAAGAUGAAGGGGCCGACUUCAUUAGCUGCAGUUCAUUCACAUCCAUGCUCCCUGGAAAAACAAUUGCACACUAUUACCCAAUUCAGUAGGGUGCAAAUUAGCAUCGGAGGGGCUGAGAAUAGUGUAAAACUGGCUUGACUCAUCAUGCUUAUUCUGCUCAGGGUGCCCUUCCAUAUAUAGGUCACAGUGGGUUAUAGGACAGAAGGUUCUACCAACUGACUGUGAACAGAGCAGGAAUGACAUUAAGGGACUGACUGGGCUUUUCAUGGGAGGAGAGUGACCCGUUCCUAAGGACUGAUUAUCUGGUAGAAAUAAUGCAGAGGAAAAGGUGGUCACUUUCUCCAUCAGAUGGCAAUAACUUGUAUAUCAAUGAAUGAUGCAAAAUUAAUCUUAUUCUUGAAAAUUGAAGUGCUAUCUUGAAAUUUUGAUAAAAGAACCAGAAUAGUAUGUGCAUGUGUGUGAUUCAUAUUUAACUGCUGCCAUUACAUUUUGCUACUGUUUCAUUCAGGAUGUAUCAUGAGUAUCAUGCUCGAAUUAAAGUUUUUAUCACUUUUUAUCUGUAACUGAAUGGAUCAUGUUUCUUCUACCAACACAGUUUCAUCCUACGUCGGUACCAUAACCGAAUCUAACAAUGCAGUAUAGAGACUUAGAGUUGAAAGAAUCUUCAACGAUUUCUUUCUGUGAUGGAAUAAAAGAACAUACAGUUUGGGGAUUAUAUCAUUUGCAGGCAGUUACUUAAACUAAGCAGACAGCAACCCUGCUGCACAAAAGACACUUCAGCGUUUCUAAACUUGAUCAAGACAUCUCCAGAGCGAGGCGGAAGGACAGCAGGCUCCGCCUGUGCCCCGUCCCCGGCUCCUCCACGCCCCGCCCCUCACCGGUAGAGCUCCGCCCAGGCCACGCCCCCAGCCGCGUGGGCUCUUUGCUGUGCCCGUGCGUCGCUUCUUACGGAACCGGAAGUGGGGUGCUCGGGUGGAAGGUCACACAGCAGACCAGUCUCAAGUAAUUCAUUCCAUCUUGGUGGGACUUCUGCCAGUCAGAAUGCACAACUGGUGACCCCAAUGUUACUGACUACACAGCAACGGAACGGCACACUUCAGUUGGAGAGAGAAACUGCAUCCGGAUCCCCGUAGAUUUCAUCCCGAUUGACUUCUAAAGACCCAUGUUGCCUGAGGCAGAAGCCCGGAAGAGGAGGAAGAGCAAGAGAAAAAAAAAAAGCCAGGAAUGGCUGUUUCUCAGGUGAGGUUCCAGCUUCAUUCUUUGGCUGGUGGAGACCAGUUGCCCGGCACCCUUUGUGAUUGAGACCGUCCUGUUCCCGUGGUGUGGUCUUGGCUCCCUUGAUGUGUUAAAAAUUCCCUUGCACGAUUGACCUUCAGGGAUGUGGCCACUGAGUUCUCCCAGGAGGAGUGGGAGUGCCUGGAUCCUGCCCAGAGGGCCUUUUACGUGGAUGUGCUGUUGGAGACCUGUGGGAACCUCGUCUCCCUGGAUGAAGGAAUUUAGGACAAAGGCAAAUUUGAAAGCUCAUUCAGUCCCAUCCCAGCAAGUGGCUGACUCAGGAGUUGAGUCCAUGCUGUCCAACUGUAAAGACAAGUCUCUUAGCGGUGUUGCUACAUUAACAAGGCAAAUAAUUUCUACCCUUCAGCUACUCAACAUCUGUAUUUAAUUUUGCCAGUACUACCCAUGGAUGAAUAUUUAAAUAAGACGUAGAUACACUGAUAACCACAUAAUCCUACAGGAAAGAUUAUUGAAGAUGAAGAUGGAUUUAUUGAGGCAAGAAUGGUUCACUGUAAGAUGGAAGCAGAAGACACAUUUCCCUCAUUCAGCCAGGAACAAAGGAACUUAAACUAAGGAGGAAGCAAUGGUGCGUCACAAGACCGUGAAGACUCUCAAGCAUGUCUUAACCCAGACAAGGUGCCUUGGGAACCAAAGGGAGGGACUUGCAGGCCCCGCCCCUCCGUCUCACGGUUCCUGCGCUGCGUCGGGCCCCGCGUCCCGCCCCUCGCAGAGGCGCUUCUUCCAGGCCCCGCCCCUUCCGCUCCGCGUACGCGCACUUCCCUACAGAUCCAGAAGCCGGGACUGAGGAGCUGAGGUCGCGCUCGGGGUGGUGAGUUGAUUGUUUUUUCUAGUUAAACGUACGUGUCGCAGUCCCCUCUUCUCCGUACCCGAGGUUUGGGGGUCCCUAUGGACCUUGAAGUUCCCGCCCCCCCCCGACCAUCCCCAGCUAAGUUCAGUCGUGGCCGUGGGAGGCCCAGGGCCGUUUUCCUUUUGGUGUGAAGUCGCUCUGAGGCUGGUCCCUUCUUCGGCUUUUCUGCUUUCGGGCCACGUAGUCGCCGCUUUUCUUGCCGUGUUCCUGCUUGAAACCUUUUACUGACCUCAGCACCCCCAACAUGUAAAGCCCUCCUCCCCAGGUGGAUUCGUCCCUCCCAGCCUCGCCGUCUCGGCCCGUGGAGGGCAGCAACGGCCGCCCCGCUCCCGUGAGGCCGCGUCCUCUCCCGGGUCCUGGGAUUGUGGGGAGCCCGGCCCUCUCCGGAGACCCCCUCCCUCCCAGCCCCUCUGUCCUCCGGUCCCCCUCAGGCUGGUCCUUCUGCUCCGCGGGUCUCCCCUUGGUCGUCAGCCCUUCCCCUUGUUACUCCCCCUUGAACUCUUCAAUCAAUAGAAAUUGGUAACAGGCCAGAGGAGUAAUUCAGGCAAGGCUUUAUUGGGACUCCGGCUGCAGCAGGUGGGAACGAAAACAAGUAAUAGGUUCCUUUGCCCGCUGUGUGUGGGGGUGGAGUGGAGGGGAGGGGUGGCUGUGCGGAAAAAUCAGCCUGUGCACUUUGGAGGCAGAAUUGUGGGAGCAAAGAAGAAAGAGAGCCGCCUUAUUGCUUUGCUGGACAAAGGGUGUCAGCAGGCUAAUGCCUCGGAAACUUAAUCCAUCCUGGGUUGGGGCUUGGUGAUUAGGCAAAGGGGUUGGAGCAUAUCAGUGGUAAUGAGCAAUAGAAUCUUUUACAAAAGUUUGUUUUGUGUCAUGAUAACUUCUUGUUGUCUGUCAAGUAGGUCAUUGUCAGCGGCCUUGGGGGUCUGAUCCCGCCGGUGUCACGGGGUUGGGGGUGUGGAGGGGUGGUUGGAGGAUCUGGCGGUUCCUUCAGUGUUAUCGUUCCAUGACCUUCUUUCUGGAAAGCAGCUUCUGGGAUUUGGAUACAAGUAAUUUAGGUAGGGCAUACAUCAUAGGGUCGGAGCUGCCAAGCAUGUAAUCAUUCAACCAAGUUAAACGGUAGUAGCAAGGAGUAACACAGGUUAGUCAGAAAGAGCUCGGAGAAAACAAAUUAAUCAAUCGCAGUAAACUCUGUAAUCUUAGUAUCAGGGAAGCCAUUUUGUGACUCCUUCAAACCCCCACUGUUAGUUCGUUCCUUCCAUGUCUAUGGAAAUAAGGAAGUGGGCAUCGUUUUUGCCUGCUUUCUGCUGAUCUGGCCCGAAAGCCAGUUGGCAACCCUGGCAUCCAUCUGUGAUGCAUAGGCGCCUGCAUCUCCAGUGUUCUGAAUUUGAUAUUUUAUUCUAUUUUGUUUUAUUUGUAUUUUUUAAAUUGAAGUAUAGUCAGUUUACAGUGUUGUGUCAAUCUCUGGUGUAUGGAAUUUUAUAUUAUUUAAAAGUAAGUAUAAUUUUAGAUCAGGUAUAAAAGUACAGUAUAUAAUGUAGUUCAUGGUACAAAUUUUGUCUCAUGAGGCAAGUAAUACAUCCAAGGCCGCUUAGUUUUGCUUUGGAUGUCUGAACUACAGUUAUUUUAUUUUGACCACCUGUCACUGUCCAGGAAAAUAUUCUCUCUUGUCGCUUCUUCCUGUAUCUAGAGUUACACUGUUAUAAUUAAUUACAAAUUUUCUGUAGAACUAUAAAACAAUUUUAUAAAACAGGCAAUACGCAAGUACUAUAGCUAGAAAUAUUAGUAAGGUCAUAAGUGAGAAUUCAAGUUACGGUCUUUUAUUAGGUGCAGUCCAGUUUACCUCUAGGUUGUCUAAUUUAGUCUGUCUUACGCCAGUCCUCAUCUUUACGGGAAAUUGUGUAUUGGCACUGUCCGUAAGGAACCAGCCCCGUUUCCUAGUGUUAUUAGGCUGGUUAUCCUUAGUGUGACUUAAUUUUUCCCAACAUAAGGGCGCCUUUAAACUUAAAUGAUCACAGCCUGGUGUUAACCAUUUAAGUCCAUCCCAUAGCUGUGGGAGGUUGUAUUCUUGGCUGCAGUUCUGCUUAUUACUCUGAUUGAACUUGAGUAACUUUAGAAGAAAAUUCACAUUUACGGCCAGGGUUAGAGCACAUAGUAACUGGCCAGGUCAGGGAAUCGCACCUGGUGAUAUCAGUAGUGGCCUGAACAGAAUUACAUAACUUCUUUCUUCUAGAAUAAGUUCCCUAAGGGUCAACUAAUGAGACCCUUUGAGUAGAGAAGUACAUCAGGGUAACCCAGAAGUACUGCAUAUAGGUAACUGGCCAUAAGCCUAACAACUGGGUUAACUUUACCCUACAAAAGAUCGUGAGAUACAUUUCGUUUUUAAGCAAAGGUGUGGGCAAUGAUCAAAGUAACUGGUGUGCAGUCCUGGUCCGGUGUCUUGGGUCAGCUGUCUACCCCAGAUGUCGUCUUCCCCUCCUGGUCUGGUAGCUUUUCCUCCAUUUGGACGUUGUUUUAAGGUGCAGCAGUCCUCUCUGUAGACCAGUCCAGUGCAGGAGCCCUUUCUGUGGGGAAAUUAACCCAAGAGUCAGUUUCCUUCUGUUUCACUGUGCAUGAGCUAGUUAAGAGUACCUGUUAAAGGCCAUUCCAUUUAGAUGGGAGAGUUCUUAAAUUACGUAAUUUCUGGUAUGCAUAAUCUCCUGGUUGUAGGUCCUGAGGCAUCUAAUCUUUAUCCACAGAUAGAGUACUGAGCUUCAGAAAUAAACCUAGAGUGUCUCAUUUUUAAUAAUUAAAUUAUACAUCAGUACAACAAAACAGCAGGGAACUAUCUGGGAAGUGCAUUUUAGGCCGUAAAUACAGACAUCCGUUAAUAAAACUAGAAUUUAAUAUCCACUGAAACAUAAUCUUUUUCUCUCUAUACUUACCCUCAUUUUUAUCAGGUAUCGUCAAAUUAAGAUUAAUUUGUCGGCAAAUGAUGUCAGAUUAUUUGAUCGCAUAGGCUCUUGUGAAUUGGCUGUAUUGGAAUUUCUUAGCAGGAGUCUCAGACUGAAUUCCCAAAAGGCCUCUCAAGGCCAGGAAAGCCACAUCAGGCACCUGUCACAGAUUUUGCCUUUUAGAUUUAGGUGAAUUCUUCCUUUUUUGAGGUCCCCCAAAUACCUUGAGAUUCCUAUACUUGGUAGGGGGUGGUCUUUCUAACUUAUCUAAUAAAGCUGCUGGGAACCUAAGAGUUUCCAGUCUCUGCAGGGGUCAGAUAGAAAAAGAUAAAUGCUUCACUUCUGCUUACAAAUGUAUAGUUUACCAAAUUGCUGUAAGUUAUAAUUAGCUCGAGAAGGGUUUCUUUACAUCUGAAAAACAGAUUAAAAGCCAGUAAUAUUUCAGAGAGAUAGAACCAAAAAUUAUAACCAUAUUCAUCAGUUUACUCAGCCCCAUGUAACUAAUCCUUUUUUGUUUACAGUUUUAUGAAAUCAGAGUUUUCAUCAGACUUUUAAAAUUUCUUACCCAAUUCAGUGCUAUAAUCUGAAAUUUUUCAGAAACCAGUACUUGUCAAAAAGUCCUUUCUAUAGAUCUCCCUGAAGAGAAAGCAUUUUGCAAAAGCGUAAGAAUAAAACAGUAACUGUCUAUACAUGACAAAAGGCUUAAAAACAUGGUUAAGCACCUGGUUACACUGUAAUCAGUAAAGAAACCUGGUUACAACAACCGGAAUUAUGACUGGUAACACUUCAGACAUACCAGAUUUUUACAGAUUCCAUAUAAUUUCUAGAAUAUCUAUAUUAACACUUUCCCAUACUGUUUAGCCUAAGAAGAUUUAUUAUUCAUUUGACAAUACUUCCCAUAUAAUUUAACAGACCAAAUGAACUUCAUUAGUUUAAAAUCUCUCCUUGGGAUGUUUCAGGGGCCCUGUGUAGCAUCCCAAGAUUAGCUGGAAGUGAAAAGAACUCAUUAAAAUUUGAAUUUGGAAUCUUGUUACCAAAAGCAGAUUAACCUUUUAAGAAAACUUCGUCCUCUUAACAGAGAGAGAGAAAACCAAAUCUAGUCUUGUACCAGCUUAUUCUAAGAUUUAUUUAUUCAAUUAUGUUUAUUUUAAACUUAGCCAAUCCCAACCAUGCACAAAACUCUAUAUUCUCGGGGUUCUGCUUUCACAAACCUUCCAUCACUUUCUGCAUCCAUGUUAGUUUAUCCCUCUUUUUUUAUCCAUCCAGAAACAACUAGCUCUAGUCAAACCUGUUUCUUUUUCCUUAACAAAAUGCAAUUUCAUUUCUCACACCUUCUAUACUGAAAACACACAUCCUAGUUUCUUACUGUAUGCCUGGAAUGUUUAAUUUUUUUCCCCUGCAGUAACUAUAAAUAUUAAAAUAGAAUCCCCAACUUUUUUUUUAAAUUGAAGUACAGUCAAUUAUAAUGUGUCACUAUCUCAUGUACAGCACAAUGUCCCAGUCAUGCAUAUACAUGCAUAUAUUCAUUUUCAUAUUUUUUCAUUAAAGGUUAUAGGAUAAUGAACACAGUUCCUGUGCUUUACAGAAGAAACUUUUUAAAAUUUAUUUUUAUUUAUAGUUGCUAACAUUGGUAAAUCUCAAACUCCCAAAUUUAUCCCUUCCCACCCCCUUUCCCCAGUAACAAUAAGAUUAUUUACUAAGUCUGUGAUUCUGUUUCUGUUUUGUAGAUGAGAUCAUAGUGUCCUUUUUUUUUUUUUUUUUUUUUAAAAUUCCACAUGUAAGUGACAUCACAUGGUCUUUUUCUUUCUCUUUCUGGCUUACUUCACUUAGAAUGAUCUCUAGGUCCAUCCAUGUUGCUGCAAAUGGCAUUUUUUUAUUUGUUUUUAUGGCUGAGUAGUAGUCCAUUGUAUAAAUACACCACAACUUCUUUAGUCAUCUGUUGAUGAACAUUUAGGUUGCUUCCAUGUCUUGGCUAUUGUAUAUAGAGCAGUUAUGAACACUGGGGUGCAUGUAUCUUUUUGAAUUAAAGUUCCCUCUGGACAUAUGCCCAGGAGUAGGAUUGCUGGGUCAUAGGGCAAGUCUAUUUUUAGUUUUUUGAGGAAUCUCCAUACUGUUUUCCAUAAUGGCUGCACCAAACUACAUUCCCACCAGCAGUGUAGGAGGGUUCCCUUGUCUCCACACCCUCUCCAGCAUUUAUUCUUUGUGGAUUUUUGAAUGAUGGCCAUUCUGACUAGGGUGAGGUGAUACCUCAUUGUAGUUCUGGUUUGCAUUUCUCUGAUUAUUAGUGAUACUGAGCAUUUUUUUCAUGUGCCUAUUGGCCAUUUGUAUGUCUUCUUUGGAGAUACUGUUUUAUGAGCUGUUUAUAUAUUGUGGAAAUAAGCCUCUGUCAGUCGCCUCAUUUGCAAAUUUUUCUCCCAUUCUGUAGGUUAUUGUUUUGUUUUGCUUGUAGUUUCCUUUGCUGUGCAAAAGCUUGUAAGUUUAAUUAGGUCUCAUUUGUUUAUUUUUGCUCUUAUUUCUAUUGCCUGUGUAGACUGCCGUAGGAGAACUUUGCUAAGAUUUAUGUCAGAGAAUGUUUUGCCUAUGUUUUCUUCUAGAAGAUUUAAUGUCUUAUCUUAUGUUUAAGUCUUUAAGCCAUUUUGAGUUUACUUUUGUGUAUGGAGUGAAGAAGUGUUCUAACUUCAUUGAUUUACACGCUGCCGUCCAGUUUUCCCAACACCACUUGAAGAGACUGUCUUUUCUCCAUUGUAUAUUCUUGCCCCCUUUGUUGAAGGUUUAUUGACCAUAGGUCUGUGGAUUUAUUUCUGGGUGCUCUGUUCUGUUCCAUUGAUCCAUAUGUCUGUUUUUAUGCCAAUACCAUGCUGUUUUGGUUACUGUAGCUCCGUAGUAUUGUCUGAAGUCUGGGAGGGGGAUUCCGCCAGCAUGGUUUUUUUUCUUCAAUAUUGCUUUGGCAAUUCUGGGUCUUUUGUAAUUCCAUAUAAAUUUUAGGAUUGUUUGUUGUAGUUCUGUAAAAAAAAAAAAAAAAAAGUCCUGGAUAAUCUGAUAAGGAUCACAUUAAAUCUGGAGAUUGCCUUGGGCAGUAUGGCCAUUUUAACAAUAUUUAGAAUCCUCAACUCUCGAAAAAGCCACAAUUUCUAGUAAAAACUAAGAAGUAUGUAAUUAUGAAUUGUCUUUUACAUUAGCAUUUCGUAGAUUGGCAAACAUAAAUAUCAACAGUUUCUAAAAACCAUGUGCUUUCUUAUUCUUAUUAAUAGUCCUGAGUAGCUUUGGUUUCUCUGUAAAAGGAAACUAAUGUUUAUUAAUUAAUGUUUUAGUAUUUUAUCUCAUUUGCAUUUGAUUUACUUGAAAGAAUUUUUAUUAUAUCAAGCAAUUUUUUGCUGACAAAUUUGUAACAGAUAUAACAAAAUCUUAUUGACUUAUUAAAUCUGUGUGUAACAGAAGUAUUAUACACUAUGCAUAACAUUAAUGACUCUAAAGACAUACUUAUGUUACUCAAAUCAGUGAAUUUUAACUUUAAUAUUAGUUAUCAAUCUGAUACUGAGUAUUUCCCAGUUCCUGUGAACCUGAAAUAUAUUUUGUUUAGCUUUUGAGAAAAAGUCAGCUAAAUAGUAGCUUUUUAGAAAUCCUUAGUUUGUUAAGCACUUACUUGUAAGGCAGUUAAAUAGAGCUCUUUUAUAAAUUGAACACUUUUAGAGGUAGAGACAUCUUGUAUCUGUGCCCAGAAAGGGAUCUCAUAGUUUUCCUGCUUAAGUUUUCAACGGCCAUUUACCACUUUUUUUUCCUUUGGUUUGAGGUUCUAAGAAUUAACCCCAAGGCUGAAGCCUCGGGCACAGCAGGCUGUGUGUGUAUUUCAAGGAUGUGAUAAGAGUUGAUUGCAGUCUGGUGUCAAAGUGUGUCAGCCAAGACCCCGCUCUUGGUCAUCCCCGGCGUCCUGAGAGGCAGCAGUUACCGGGGUCCUGAGGCUGCCAGGCGCCUCGGGCCCCUUAUUCGCGGUCAUUUUUUCACCUCCUUCCAGAUCAUACAUUAACCAAGUUGUGUUACAAUAAAACACUGUUUUCUUUUCAGUCAGUGAAGAAUAGCUGUGGUUUGACCAGUCCUUUAGAAUCUUUCCCAAGGGACUGUCAGGUGGAAGUGACGUGGCGCCGCCCACUUUAUCUAACUGCUCUCGUCCUCCCAGAGACAUAGAAUUCCAGCCUCACCCAGACACAGGAUUCCAACCCUGACCAGCAAAUGGAAGCCUCACAUUCCAAUGCAAAGGCAGACUCAGAUACAACUCAGAUCUGGCACAAACCCAAAUUAAACCCAAAUCGGCUUCCUAGUCCACUAAGCCCAUGAGCUGCUUUCCAGUUGGCACCUUCCAAAUGGGGGCUUUGAGAGAGAGCGCCCAUCAAAUGGGGGCCCCAGCCUCCCAGAGGGAGGCUCUGAGGGGUCAAGGGGCCUCAGUGGGCACCGGGAACUUACCCAGAGUCUAGUCGGGGAGUCUCCGAAGGGCGCUCAGCAGUCAGAGGUCCCGGCCAGGCCGGAGAGAAGGAGGAAGAAGUCCCCUGAGCCAAGGGGCCUGGCAGCUGCUGGGGCUGCAUCUGCCCCUGUCCCAGAGCGUCAGCUGCCCGGGCGGCAGGCCCAGAGGGCUCAGGCAGAGAUCCCCUCCUUUGAAAAGUGGGGGACCUCGAGUCCCUUCCUGGUCAUGAAAUCUGUUGCUCGAAAAAUCAGCCUUUGCAUCCCCAAAAGCGAAUUCAAACUCAGGCAGUUGCGAGCAGAGAAGAGAGCCGUCUUACUGCUUUGCCAGGCAAAGGGAGUCACAGCGGGCUAACGGCGUGGAAACUGAAUCCCUCCUGGCUUGGGGCUUGGUGAUAAUACAGGCAAACAGGAUGGAGCACGUCAGUGAUAACAAACAAUAGAAGUGAAGUUUCUGGUGGCCCUUCAAGCCGGGCGCUGCCGUGGUGUUACCUACCAGGUCUGAUCUCUCCAGCGUCGUGGGGUGGGGGCUGGGCUUUGGAGGAUCUGGCGGUUCCUUCAGUGUUAUUGUUCCGUGACCUUUCUGGAGAGUAGCUCCUGGGUUUUGGAUGCAGGUAAUUUAGGGUAAGGCAUGAAUCACAGGGUCGGGGUUGCUAAGCGUGUAGUCACUCAACCAAGUCAAACAGUAGUAGCGAGGAGUAGCACAGGCUAGGAGAGAAAACUGGGAAAAGACUGGGAGAAAACAAGUCAAUCACAGUAAACUCUACAGAGCUGUCUUAGCAGCAGGGAAGCCGUUUUGUGACUCCUUCAGUGAUGGCGAGCUGGUCCCUUAAAUGGGGUGAGGGUGGGAGCAGGUCCAGGGUUCGGCCUGGAAUGGUGGCUUAGGCGGUCUGCCCACCCCCACCCCCCAGUGGUGGAGCUGUGUGCAGGGACCAUGCACAGUGCCCUGCUGUUGUUUGCUCCCAGCACCUCAGGAGUGGCAGUUGGGUUUUGGUCUUUUUGUAUCCUGUUGUUCAGGGUUGCUCCAGCUGCCCACACACACUCUUUUAUUUUUAGUCCCAUUAGUUUCUUUGUAUUCUGUUGCUCCAGGAGCCAUUUGUCCAGGUGCACACAAAAAAGGGUUCCAGGUCCCAAGUCCCAGUCUGUCUCACCCUCACCUGAGUAGAGGAGGUGACCUGGGCCAGCUGUGUGACACCGUGUUCUUCCAUCCCAAAUUCCACCCUGCUGGAAAAUGUGCAGUCAGUGAAAAAAAUUAAUAGUCAAUCUAAGAAAUGAAAAAUUUAUUCCUGCCAACCUGAGGAUUAUAGCCCAGGAGACAGCCUCUCAGCUCUGAGAACUGUUCUGAAGAGGCAGGGGUGGGGGCCACUGUAUAAAUGGUUUUGGCAAAGGGGUGCGUGCAAUCAAGCACACAUGUUGGUAGAAGAUAACAACUGUUCUCAAGGAACAGAUGUCUCAGUGAACGGCAUAGUGCUUUUCUAAGUGUGGGAAGAUGCAAGAAUCCAGGUUCAUACAAAUUUCUCCUGUGAAUAUUUGUCUGAAGGGCCUGUCCUGCCGGUUUUCCCGGAGCAGAGAGCGCCUCAUCCUGAUAUUCACCCUGAAUUCCUUCCAGGCUGUGUGCUGUAGGUCAGGGGCUGCAGUGGCUAACGACCUGAUUCUUGUAGAACUGGGUGAUGGGCAACGUUCUUUAUUUUACCAUCCCUUCCUUCCCUUUUGGUCUUAAUUUCAGCUGAGGUUUGGGAGGCAUUUUGUGGCCAAUUUGCCCCACAGCGCUAGGAAUGCUCGUUCCCAGGCCUGGCGAGGAGAUUUCGUGGCUAGGCCGUCAGCCUGCUGUGGCUGGACUAGGCCCUGCCGCCUGGAGCCGAAAGCCUCGGACCGUCUGUCUGACCAGCCUGUUAUGGGCCAGGAACUGGUCCCCUCUUGUUGCUUCUUUCCGUAUUUACAGUUACACUGUUACAGUCAUAGAUCUCAUAGAUAGGACUGUGUAUUUGGUCAGUUGUUUCAAGUUGCCAGAUCACCACCAAUUUUAUCUGAGGCUCAGACACACAUUCGGUAGUGCAAGAAACAAUGACUCAUAGAACAGGCAGAAUACAAGUGGGACAGCUAGUGACAGUAACAAGGCCCCAGUGAGUACUUAACUGAGAGCUUCCAUUAGGCGUGGCCCAGGGUCUCCCGGGUCGGCUGGAGAGUCUGUUCUGCUGCAUCAGCUGUUAUCCUUAAGGGAAAUGAUACCUUGUCACUGUGCAGAGUUCACCAAGCACAUGGGCGAGUGGUGGGUCAUUGCUGGAGAUGCCCCAGGACGCUCGCUAGGGAGCCCCUAGACAGAGCCCCAAGGGAGGGUCUGUGGUGUCUCACAGGAAGGAAUUCAAGAGUGAGCCAAAGUAAAGUGAGCACAAGUUUAUUUAGAGAGAUACACGUUCCAGAACGCACACCUUCUCAAAAAGUGAGAGUGGCCCCGGGGUGUGGAAGCGGUUAGUUUUUAUGGGCUGGGUGAUUUCUUAGCAAACAAGUGGGAGGACGAUUCUGUUUUUAAGAAGGGAUAGGGGUUUCCAGGAAUUGGGCCACCGCCCACUGUUUGUCCAUCUGUGGUCACCUUGGAACUGUGGUGGUGCUGGUGGGUGUCAUUAACAUGCUGGUGUAUUACCACUCAGUGUGUAACGGAGCUCAGGGUCUCCUGGAAGUCAAACCUUCUGCCAUCUUGGGAUCUGUCCAUUUUCUUGUCAAAUCCUGCUUUUCUAAAUGGCUUUGUCCCCCUCCUCAUUCUUUUAACAUUUGUGCCCUGCCCACCUCCUGUCUCAUGCUGACCCCUUAGAGGACUGAGAAUGUUAUCUUUUAAAGUUACAUGGCUGGUGCCAAAGGAAGAGAAAUUGAUCUUUAUGGUUGAGCAGGAAUUUCCGCCACUGGGGACGUCUGGUUAACGCCUAAUGCAGCUGCACAGUGCACCGCAGAGGGGAGGGAGGAAGCCAAGUGGGCAGAGGAAGUUUUAUCUUUAAACUUUCCCUGUCUUGCCUUAGACUGUGAAUUUUUAUUUCAUCAGUGCUCUCUCAGGAGGCAAGCAGCUUACUCCAUCUCGCCUCCUCUGAGUGUGGGCAGGGGGAUCAGGAGAAACACAGUGACUUAGAAAACCAAGGGGGAAAGAGUGGGUGAGAUCAGAUGGCACUGUAGAGGUCGGGUGUCUUGCAAAGAGAGGGUAAGAAUGAAAGGGAAACAGCAGUGGAAGUAGCAAAUGGGUAAAACAGGCAUGUCCAGAAAACCGGGAUCUGCGGGGAGAAGAAGGUACAGAGAUAAAGGGAGGAUGGGAGAGGAGCCCUUGGUGACAGUAGGGCCAGCAGUGGGGAGGCACGUCACACGGAGAGUGCGUGGAGGGGUCAAGAGUGGAAGCCCUGGUCCUCAGAGUAGCUGGAUGCUGGAGGGGAGGGGGAGACCAGGGGAGCAGAGGGAGCAGCACACAGAAGGAGCAGAGUUGGAAGAAAAGGCAGGAAGCAUGGAGAUUUGGGACAUUGAGAAAAGUAGGGGAGAAAGAAUAGUAGGAGGGGAACAGGCUGCAGAGUGGGGCAGGAGAGGAGUGCGGGGAGAGACGGAGGAGAGGGAGAAGCGGCAGGAGAGUGGAGGGGAGCCAGACAAAGAAACAGGGAGAUAGAAAAAGCCAAAUGAGAGGGAAGCACCUCGUAGCACAGGAGUGGGGUGACACCUGGAUCCAGAUGAGUGCUGAGUUGUUUGUGGAUAAUCAAGUUGUGAUGUAUUAAUUUGUGGUUUUGGAAUCUAAUAAAUUUAAACUUUCUAAAAUUGAUUAUACAGAUGAGCAUGAGACCUGAAAAACUCCGGUCUCUGACUUGUGCAUUUUGUAAUUAUUUGUAUCAGAAGGUAGCUCCCAUUUGCAACCCCUGUUCAGCCAAGGGCAGUGCCUUGAAUCAAACGGUAGUGAGUCACCCCCUUCCCCUGACAUUGAUGUGAGGCGAAGGUCAAGGGAAGGACAUCUGAGGCAGGAAGUGACCGACUCUGCCACAUGAGGCCUUUGUAAAGGAACAUUAAAAGUGCUUUUUCCCCCCCUGGUAAUAGUUUUGCUUUUUUCUUGUUUCUUUACUUCUUUUUGUAGCUUGAGAUCUUAGUUAAUUCAGUUUCUCUCCUAUAAAGUUAUUAACUUCUGAAAUGAGCUUUGGUGGCUUCCUGUAAUCAGUUCAUGUCAUUCUUACGUAAAUAUGCUCUGUUCUGUAGAAUAUUUUAAGCCUGACACCAGUUUUUUUUUAAUUGAAAGAAACUACCAUCUUUCAUAGUUUCUGGUUUAGAUCAGGGCCUGUGUGCUUUCUCCUCUUUAUCUUACAUACUGGAAAAGUUCUUUGGUAGGCAGUGAACACUUCCACACUGUGCUUAUGGGUACGUGGUAAGGCCAGUGCCCUUUUAGCAGUCAAAACCUAGUUUAACCAGUUAGUCUGAUACUCAGUUUUCUUCCCUUUUAUGUAACCUGAAACAGUGAGCUGUGAGGGACUACGAAAUGUUCCCCUCAAGUUCUUAUCUGUUCUCUGCAAAUGAGAGCCCAUCUAUUCAUGAAGAAGUUUCUCAGAGAUUGUUUCUAAGCUAACUCCCUUUCAGUGUUACCCACGGAAGCCUAGUCAGUUUACAGUGUUGUGUCAGUUUCUGGUGUACAGCACAGUGCUUCGGUCACAUAGGUACAUAUAUUCGUUUUCAUAUUUUUUCACCAUAAGUUGCUACAAGAUACUGAAUAUAGUUCCCUGUGCAAUACAGUAUGAAUUUGUUGUUUAUGUUUUAUAUAUAUAUAUUAGUAUCUGUAAAUCUUGAACUCCCAAUGUAUCCCUUCCCACCCUGGUAACCAUGUUUGUUUUCUGUAAGUGUAUGAAGGAGAUUUAGCAUGAAAACCGUGGGUGUGCCUGCACGCGGGACAUCUCACAGAAGUGGCCAGACUUGUCUGCAAACAGAAUUUCCUGCCAAGUGAUCCUGCCUGAUCCUGGGAGAAACAUUGCUUGCAAACAAGGAUGUUUACUAGUUCCUCAAAAGGAACAGGCCUGGGAACAGGAGGGUCUGAAUGUAAGAUAAGGAAAUGAAUAAGAAGAAUGUCUUAGAUGUAGUGCGCUUGCGUCAAUUCAAAAAAUGCUUACUCACUGCGCUCGGCAAGGGUUGCUCUUUUGUGUAAAGGAUAUAAAAAUAAACGAACCCGGAUCUUGGGAGACAUUUUGCACCACAACUACUCCAUGUUUCAUUUCGUUGGCAACAGUGUAUGUCUGUUUUGUAAAUAAAAUAUAGAAUGACAAUCUCCAGGUCCAUCCAUGCUGCUGCAAAUGGCAUCGUUUUAUUCUUUUUAAUGGCUGAGCAGUAUUCUGUUGUAUAAAUAUACCAUAGCUUCUUUAUCCAGUCAUCUGCUGAUGGACAUUUAGGCUGUUUCCAUGUCUAGGCUAUUGUAAAUAGUGCUGCUAUGAAAUGAACCUUGUGGUACAUGUAUCUUUUUGAAUUAAAGUUCCCUCUGGAUACAUGCCCAGGAGCAGGGUUGCUGGGUCAUAUGGUUUAUUUGUAGCUUUUUGAGGAAUCGCCAUACUGUUCUCCAGUGGCUGCACCAGACUGCAUUUCCAUGAACAGUGUAGGAGGCUCCCUUUUCUCCAAAGCCUCCCCAUGUUUCCUGUGAACUUGCAGAGGAUGUUUUUUCUCCCCAGCGUGUCGCUCUGUCCUUCAACCCGUGAACUGUAUUCUCCCACCCUCCCGUGGCGCCGCAGCUCCACCAGAGACAGGCAGAGGCAAAGGCUUUACCACGAUCUACAAUCCUCUGCCCUCUGGCGCCUGUCAGUUUUGUUGCUUGGCUGAAAGAGUGAUGGCGGCUGGUUCAAAGGGGUUUCUCGUUCCUCGUUCGGGACUUGACUCCGUCGGACGCUUCAUUCUUAGCCCUAACAGCCCACAGCUGACACCUCCAUCAUCCUAACCUCUGGGCCUCUCCCGGUUCCCUCCCCAUUUUCUGGACUUUGGUCUAAUCCAAAGAUGGGAAAAACACCCAAAAAUGGGUCUCUUCCUGCAAGGCGCAGGGGUCUGGCUCUGCUGCAGGCCCCCUUGUAGGCAGGUCUGUGGCCCACGGAAUCCUGGGAGUGGUAGUGGCGGCUGGUGUGUGGACCUGGGUCCCAGGGUCUCACACUAGGGUGCCAGCACUCCGGGCAUCCCAGGGUGGGUGGCAGGGCUGGGCCCCAGGGCACCCAGGGCCUCUUACCGCAGGGCCCUGGGGGUCAUGAAGCUGGUGCUGCGCCCCGGGGCUAGUCCUGGCCCCUGUGAGCCCUGGGACCCAAGGCCCGCGGCUGCAGAGCCUUGAGGGUUCUAGAGGUCCUGUCACUCACUGCUGUGCAGGGGCCGGGAGUCCUGGGGUAACAGGACUGGUGGUGAGCAGGCUGGUGGGCGGGGCUGCACUGGUAGCCAGAUGAAGGGUUCUUACGUGGUGCUUACCAGCUCCGGUGUCCAGUGUCCCCAUGGUGGGAGCCAGCAUCCACGUCCCCAAGGUGAGUGCCAUUCACCUCCUGCCUCUCCGGGAGGGUCUGACCCAGGCUCCUUUCCAGUCACUGCUUCUGCCCUGCCCACCACCCCUUUCCCCUUGGUAACCAUGGUUUGUUUUCCUCAGUGAUUUUUUUUUUCCUGUCUUUGUUAGUGGAGAUACUGGGGAUUGAACCUAGGACCUUGUGCAUGGAAAGCACACUCCCCCAUCCCACCUUAGUAAUUUUAAUGCAGACUUGUUUUGUGUCCACACAGCAACCAGGGGUGUAUGGACAGGCAGCACCUUUCUUGAGAAUCUUCCAGGACCUCAAAAUUGGCCCCAGGAGCUCCCAGAUGAUGGGGCCUAAAAUAGAAGCUCCCACGUGCCUCUAACAACCCUCACUUGAUCCUAAACUUGUGGGUAAGGACCACCUUUCCUCUUGGUGUGCCUGGUACACAAACAUCACAAGAUGACUGGGUGUCCACGUCACCCUGGUUCUCAGCCUCUCAAGUCAUGAGCCAGUGGCCCAGACCCCCCACCCCAAUAAUUUCUGAACAGUCAGCCCUUUGUUCUUUGGGCCGCAGUCCCAUUCUGCGCAGGCAGGGCCUCCUCCGUGUGCUGCAGGUUACACGGCUCCCUGAAGUGCUAUGGGAGCUGUUCGUUCUGUAUUUACUUAAAGAACAUAUUGUUAUUUAUUCAUUUUUAUGAAGUUUUAAUUUUUUAUUGAAACAGCUGAUUUGCAGUGCUAACAAUGCUGAGUCUUAAGGAAGGCUCUCCAGUGUAACGUUGCCUAAGGGGGCUGCUUUUAUCCUGUGCAGGGUAACCGGCAAGGCCUUCUCCCAAACUGGGUUGGUUUCCUGGCCUAUUUUGGUGGUUCUCUUUUUUAAGGAAUGACUCAUCUUUUCAGUCUUUGCUGCGGACUGAGGUCUCCAUGGAGCACGGUAACUCCCCUUUUAUCCCCAGAGUUACCCUGGCUAUGAAAGCUCCUUUGUUGGCACUUUGAUUUGAAAGAGGCAACCCACAAAGACACAUGAUUUCUCCUAGUAAGGCCCCCGCUACCUCAGAAGCCCUUUUCUGCCCUGCAUGGAAAAGCUUCACCCAGCCUACCCUGUUGAAGGCAUUCAGACCCCAGCAAUGUCUACAGUUCCCCCACGGCCCUUGGCACAACAGUAAGUCUGUCUGCCGGUAGGUCCUGGUUCCGCCUCUCGGGUUUGCAUCCCUUUUAUGAUUGGAGGUGGCCAGGCUUGAGGACUGUUUCUGGCACAGAUCAGGCAAUUCUGUAUGACCUUUGAGACAAACCUUGGCAUUUGUGGACCAGUAGUACAUUUUUGUAGCUAAUGCUAGCUUGCAUCCCUCCCCUAACGGGCUCCUUGAUCAUUCUGUCCCUUUAAUGCUCAGCUGUAAGCACCAGCUGGUCUCCACCGUGAAGCCAGCCUUCUUUGGGUGGUGGUACUGAUCAGAGCGUCUGCGCUCUGAACACGGAGGCCUACGUGGGGGCAGGUCAGCGCCCGGGGUGAGGGCUAGGGCCUUAGGGUCUGGAUGUCUCACUCUGACCAGUGGAAUGAUUUCCCGCAGCUGCUUCCUUCUGUGUGUUAACGUUCCUUCCUGCUAUUAGCAGACCUCUCUCCACGUGGUCCCAUGUGCUUGUAUUUCAGAGAAGGCAUCCUUAGAAUCUCUACAAAUGGUUACCUUUUCCUUAGCUCCAAGGUGCAGGGCUCCUGUGAGCGCUACCCUCUGGGCGGACGUACCUGGAGGCAGGCCUCCUGCUCCAAGUCCUGGUGCGUUGCUGUCGCACACCCCGCCUUUCGGAGUCCCUGGUCCAUGAAGCUGCUCCUGUCCGUAAGCAUUUGCACAUCUUGUCAGGUCCCCUAGAAUAGACUUUGUCAGUCAUUUGUAUAUAGCCAUGGACAGGUUCACUUGUGGGAGUGACUGGGUUUAGAGUGGUUAUCACCUUUUACUUUUACACUCAGGUUGUUAAGUAGCGUGGCCUGGUGCGUGCCCUGCCGUUCCAGGAAGGGUGGCACACGGACGUGCGCAGUGGUAGGCUGGCCUAGGGCCAGCCGUCCUUCAGUUACGAGGUCUGUUUGGAAAAGCAGCCUGCUGGCUACUGCACCUAAGCUUAGAGCUAGCCCUCCGGGACGCCCGCCCUGUGCUUCAUGCACAAGGUCACGUGGCUUCAUAACACCUGACGGACCAAGUGCGAGGCUGCUCAGGUUUCUCCUUGAUGGUGUGGAACCCAGGAGGGCAGCCCAGAGCCCCUCUUCAGGGCUUGUUGUCAUUUCCUUUGAGAGCCUCACACAGGGCUCUGGCUCUGAGUCCAAAGUUAGGGAUCCAAAUGCAACAAAACCUAGCAUUUUCUAAAAAUCCCCACACCUGACUUUGGGGGGGGUCGGUGCAGCGUCCUAACGCUUGCUUUCAUUUAAUGGCGGUACUGGGAUCAGCCCCACAGGCUAGGCGCCCGCUCUACCGCUGAGCUCUGCCCUUCCUCGCUGGUGAUGCCUCUUUUAGAUCCAGCAGUAAGUUUGCCCCUUUGAUAACUCAAGUCCCAGAUACCGUACAGUUGGUUAAGAAAUUAUCCCCGGUCUGCCAGAAAACUUCAGGUGAGGCUGCAUUUUGGUCUGAAGCUUCCUGUUUUACCGGCAAUCACAAUACCACCUACCUGCUGGAGCAAGACGUUCAAUGGAAGGGCUGUUAGGUCCCUGGCUGAGACGUCCCCAAAGUUAGUGGGGGCAUUUUCACAUCCUUGCGGCAGGACCAUCCGGCAGGACUGUUAUGUUAGUUUCUGCCUCACCUCAUUUGUAGGCAAACAGUCCCGGGGACGAGGCCUCAUCAGGGAGCAGCAGUAAAAAGGCAUCUUUUCAGUCCAGACCUGUUAGUAAAGUAAGAAUGUGGGCUCAUACCUCCUCACAUCUGGUACAAAAGGCUACUCUCGGACCUGGGUGUUUGUACAGCAGGACAGGUGUGGCAUCCUGGGACUGACAAGGUCAAAGUAACUGACCUCAAAGUAACUGACCUAGAAGAACGGUGGCUUGAAACCUUGUCUCCCUUCCCUCCUCCAUGCUGUCAGUCUGCAGCCCUGGCACCUGGACUGCCCUUCUGUGUCCUGUCAGCCCGGACCCCUGCUUUUACCUUUUGUAGAGUUUCCUCAGGGACUUGUGGUUCAGGCUUGUCUCCCAGUGCUAACAGCACAGCUUGGAGGGCUCAGGUCUGAUCCAGGAGUUACUGCCAUGUCUACUUUUUCUGGUGAGAAAGUCAGCUGGGUAUUUAAUUUUGUUAGUAGAGCUUAUCCUAACAGCGGAGAGAACAUUCAUGCAUAUACACAAGCCCAGAAAGCUGUGCUUCAAGUAUGUCCUUCCUGUGUGACAUUGGAGAAAAGCUGGCGACAUGCCCAGACACAGCAGUAGCGAUGUGUCUGACAUUGGUACAAGAUAAGCAGCUCGAGUGUCAGAGCUAAGUUUCUUCCCCUGCGCUUGUCCUGGGGUCCCUUGUGGGGGAAAUGUGGGUGCAGCUCUCGGACUUUAAAGGAGUCCGGGUUCCUGGCAGCAAGUUGCAGCAUCUGGCGGGAAGCCUGGAGGCAAGUUCCUUUCCUUUUCUCCCAAGGAAGGAUGCCACCAGGUGAGGGUGGGCGUGAAAGGGAGUCAGAGAACCCAAGGAAGGAUGCCACCAGGUGAGGGUGGGCGUGGAAGGGAGUCAGAGAAAGGUUCGAAGUUGUAAAGACUGCAGAUGCUGACGGGUGUCUGUGUGAACCAAGGACAGAGGGUUUUUGACCCGUACCUGCCGCACAGCAGUUCUCAGGAGACCUGGACGCAGCCUCUCAGGUCACAAGGACAGAGGAGAUGAACUCAGAGCAGGGUCAGGACUUCCCCAGCGACCUCCGAGCUCCGGGUGUGGGGAAGCUGGGCCUGAGGAGAGCAGAGCACAGGUACCAACUGGAAAAGACACUCGCCUAAUACUUUUCACGUGCUUUACCUGACAGCGAGUAAAAACGUUUCUUAAUUGUUGUGUCUUAGAGACGAAGGGUUGUCCAUUUUGUCUUUGGGUUUGCAGAUCACACCAUUGGCUCUUUCAGGGACUGACCCCCGCCCCCAGCUCCCCCGGGAUGGGGACGCGGGGGCCCACCCAGAACCCUGUCUCCCCAGCAGGCUAACUGGGACCAUCACCUAUUAGAGAAUAUUCUACCUGCUAGAAAUCCCAACAUCCUGUCUUGUCUUUUUUCUUUCUGAUUCAGAUUCAUCAGCUCUGACUUGAAUUUUUAGUAAAACCUUCUGACUUGCUUCCAGUGCACAGUCUGCCCCAACCAGACCUGCGCAUUUUUACUGGCAGGCACAACAAAUACGCUCCCCUCGGCACCAGUCACAUAUUUCAGCUGACUGCCGCCCUCUCAGGGUCUGAGGUGGAAACAUGAGGCAUCGCCUGCGGGCCCUUCUGGAGAUAAAGCGCUGCCUCACCUCCAGCCCCGCCCACCGCCACCUACUCAGGAGCCAGUGUUUCUCCUCCUGUGGCCUGUGAUCGUCACACAGGCUUUCCCUCUUACCAAGUCCUCACACUCCUCUGCCUAGCUUGUGCUAGGGAGAUUUCUUGUUUUUUUUUUUUUAAUUGAAGUAUUGAUUCUCAAUGUUAGCUUCAGGCAUACAGGAAAGGAAUUCAGUUAUAUAUACACACAUACUUUUUCAGUUUCCAUUUUACAAAAAAUUGAAUAUAGUUCCCUGUGCUAUAUACAGUAGGUCCUUGUUUCUAUUUUAUAAUAUUUAUAAUAGUAAUACGUAUCUUGUUAACAAGGACCUACUGUGUAACACAGGAAAGUAUAUUCAACCUUGUAAAAAAAACUGAUGGAAAAGAAUCUGAAAGAAAUGUGUAAUGAAGUCAACAAUAAAAAUAUUUUAAGUGAAUGAAUAAAUGACACAUUGUUUAAAAUA